AUGCUUGAUCCGAACAACCUUCAGGGGCGGCCUCUGUCUCGUCCUCCUCUUCCCACCAAGACCCCAUUCACCCACAAGAGACCAUCUCUGAGAGAUGAGCCAGCCACAAAGGGAGACAACAAGUUGAAGCCUAGUCACAGUGACCCCCCAGCUGGUGACAAGUUCCCUUCACCCACCGAAGCUGUGCGCCCCAGUCGUCUCCCUACCGUUGUUGUCGUCAAACUCACCAACACUUUCCGUCUCUCUUCUCCUGACAGAACCGGCGUUCAGGCCUGCCCGUCUUUAGAAGAUGCGUCUGCCAAUGAAAAGGGUCUCCUUGUCUUUCUCAUCAUACUCCUUCUGGGAGGCUUCCUUAGUGGAUGUCUCCUUCUCAUGCAGGGUUCAGGAAGCUUCUUGAGGCGCAUAGGUCGAAGAUAUGGGUGGAAAUGGGUCAAGAAGUCUGACAGUGUAGAUCUCGAGAAUGCGAUUCGUCACUUGAAGGGACACCCAGGCGCGUUCGAAGCGAGCCAUCUCGUUUUGCUCCGGGAGGUCGUGGCAGAUUGGAAAGUUCCAUCGUAUGUUCGAUCAGACGAAAAGGCUGCUGAAGAGGGCCGUUUGGAUUCAUCCGACUGCUCACCUCUUACUUACCCUCGGCCUGCUCGUCUGGCCCUUCAACACUCCAUUCCCAUCUGA